CUGGAAGCUGACGCAGUUUUACUGAAGGAAACUACCAUCAGGUCACACAAAGUGACAGGUAUUUAUAACAUUCCUAGACUUAAGAAAUGUAAUGGUAACAGCAUGUAUAUGCAUUUAUGCAAACCGGUGACCUUCUGCACACAACAAUAUAAGGAAGCCAACAAUAAAAUUAUUGCUUGCUUUUUUUCAAUUCUUUGAAUUUCCAUGUCAGAAUCUUAGUCAGGCGCAAAUUUCUUUCUCUGGCUAUUUUACCAUCACAAGAUGAGACUGUUAAAUUGGAUUAAUUAGUGUUGCUGCCAGCAUGUGCUUUUAUACACAAGUUGGUUGGUUACUAAGAAAAAAUGGAAAUGAACAGAGCAGACUUUGCAUUUUUCUAUUAAGUGGACACUUGGGAAGGUUCGAAGCUGUCCGCUUAAUACAGGUUUCACUACAUGUUAGACACUACGUACAUUUUUACACUGAGUGUUAACCUUCGGUCUGCUCUGUUUUUAGGCAGUUUAUCAGAACCAAAAUGCGAAAAAAAAUAAUUAAAAAAUUUUUAAUUAUUUUUAAUCAAAUUAUUUUGCUCUAUUUAAAUUUCAGACAAAGAACUACCAGCAACAUGUGAACCUGUGAUGCUACUUACAAAAAUGUCCUCAGCCAUCCAACAAAAAUUCCACCUCCCCAUACCAGAGCAAAAAUUGGUGACCAAUUUCUUCGACAAUCUCCAUGAUCUAAUGGACGUUAUCAAAUUUCCACAAGAUUUAGUGGUUGAUACCACAUUAGAUGGUGAGAAAUGGACCAUUAUAUUCAACACUCAUAUGAAA